UAGGUUCAGUAACCUUCACUCAUCCCCCUGAGCCUGAUAGACUCAAGCCGUGCCUAAUAAACAUCAAAUUUAAUGUUGACCCCUACUCGAGGGGAAACAUGAAAGUUAAGAUCUGGGUGGAGACGUGUGAAGGAGAUGAGUUGGAGGUCCGUCUGGCUUGCUCUUCCACUCCUCGUUGUAGGAGAUGAAGAGCCUUUUUUUCGCACGAACGAUGAGUGCAGAAGAAACGCCAGACAACGGGAUCCGGCAUCAGAAUCGAACGCACCACCUUUUGCCAGUGGGCAAGGGCAAAAUGGAGGACCUCAAGCCUCGUCAAUUCCAAGGUAUCAUGGGCCACUUGGCCCAGUUGCCUCUGGUUCAGGAUCUUCAGCGGGGCUUACAGUGGCCGUGUCGACAACCGUUACAACAGCGCAGCCGGAUUUAGGAGGCGUAGGGCUGCCGCCGUUGGGGACUUCUUCGUACAACAAUCCGAUGUUCUCGGCGGUCAAUGUUCCAACUCAAUUCCAACAAAUUCUGACCCAGUUGGAAACACAGAACCUGCUGAAUGGGGUCGUCGGCCUUUGUACCAUGGAUGUCUCACAGCGCCCCAUCGAUGAUGAUGGGAACGCAGUUGGGACUGGGAUGCCCCAUCAUCAAAGUUAUUUUCCAAACCAAAGCAGGAUACAAUAUGGUGCCGGGAUGGCUAGGACACAAUUGGUCUCUACAAGAAGACCGCGCUCGCGGGAACUCUUCAAAGCUGGAAGCGGUACUGCUCAACCAGGAGCUCAAGGCAGCGGUGCGGCAAUGUCACGAGUGAACGGAGGGAACAUUCAUACGCCGGAGAACCGUCACCAAGGAGAUCGUGCUGAAUUUGCUGGCAAUCCCUCUUCGUCUACUCGACGUCCAAGUUCAGUGGGCAAACAGAGAAGACAGGACAUGAGAGGUAGUUAUAUCUCUGACACCCACCCCCCAAGGGUGAAGGCUUCAUCCUCUUUGGAAGGAUCGCAAGGGAAUGUCCUCGAUAUUGGUACCCCCGGUACCAAGACAACGAGGAGACGAUUCCCUUUACCUUCGUUAGGUAGAGGCCAAUUGGAAAACAUGGAGGUAAGAAUUCUUCCAUUCUUUGUCCUUGUGAUACGAGGGUCGAUUUGGUUUAUGACUUGGACUUUAGCGGACGGCGCUCUGAGCUUUGUAACUCUUCCCUCUCCUGACACUCCGAUGCCAACUGCUCUGGCAGCGAUCAUUCGUCCGGUAAUUCGAGAUAAAUUUAUUUUCCGGCUAAUCCCGGACUUGAUUAUGCCUCGCUUCCUGAUGGAUCACCCGAUCAUUCGGGGAACUAAACUGAAGUUCUUUGUUCCGAUAAUUAAUGUUCGUCUGGCCCCGGGUCAACUGGAGACUUUGGAGGCUGAGGGGCUCAAGCUUUGUCCACUUUCGUGGAUUAUUGAGAACAAAAAGCACGAAUUCUGCCGAUUCUCGGCAUUGCCGAUGAGAAUGAUAGAAUUUCCUGCUGAACUCGAUAUUAAGCUUCCGAAAGAGAAGCGGCUUGCUUCGGCUUUUAUGAAGUGAAUCCUCACUUCGCCUUGGUUGGUCGGUCCCGAAUCACAAUAAGCUAUUCUCCCUUCUUUCCACAUCCAACAAGUGGAACGCAGGAAUGGUAAUGAAUAAGUUAAGGUUGG